GUGAGAGCGAUGGAUAUAGGGAAUCCAUCCAGCAAUGACUCCAGGAAAACCUACAAGAACGAAACGUGUGAUUCAUUGGAAAACACCAACAGCCCUUUCCUUGCGAUGAUUUACAGUCUAUUGUUCUUGGUGGGUUUGAUCCUCAACUGCUUCACUUUGAGGUUUCACUGCCGUGGAAAUCGUAUUCAGGUUUUAAAGAGCUGGAUGAUCUACCUGAAACAUCUGACAGCUGCUGACUUUUUACUAUGUGCAAGUCUCCCGAUGCGAAUUGUGAAAUUCACCAGCAGCUCAAACAAUAUUUUCGUGCUCUACUGCAGCAUCGGAGCCCCACUCCUGUUUGUUAACAUGAGUGCUAGCAUCCUAUUCAUGGGCUUCAUUGCAGCUAACAGGUAUAUGAAGAUCUUUUAUAAUUCAGGAACUCACUUCCUGAUGACUACCAAAGCCAGCCACAUCAUUUCAAUUUCCACCUGGAUUUUUCUCCUGAGCAUAGAAACACCAUACAGCAUCCUGCUGCUAAGCUCCGAUGUACCAACUAAAAAUCUCAGCACCUGUAAUGAUCUGCUAACUAACCAUACAAAACCACUGUAUUACGUCAUCCUUACUAUUAAUUUUAAUUUCUUCUUUGUAGUGCUCUUCUCUUUACUCUUCUUUUACUGCAGCGCCUGCUGCAGGGUGAGUGAGAUCCAGCAGAAGCAGCUGGGAUCCCCUAACUCCAAAAAACUUGUAAAAUCUCGCAGGAAUAUGUUGGUGUUAGUCUGUGUUUUCUGCUUUUGCUUUGUUCCUUAUCAUGUUGUUCGAAUUUUGUACAUUCUAUUGCAAGGACACUGUUCAAAGACAUUUUACUACAUUAAGGAGGUGGCUGUCUCAUUAUCAGUUUGUAAUAUCUGUCUGGAUCCUCUUAUGUAUGUUUUUCUUUGUAAGGGCUUCAGGGCUCAGCUUAACCUGAAUCGCAUGCUAUCCGCAAAAGACAACAAAAAUACCUUGGCUUUAGAGAAACGAAACAGGGGGAUCAAUGAAACACCAUCACACCCGCAGAUCUCCUGGGUCACUAACAGUGAAACAAUAAACAAUUUAACAAUCCAUACAAUUUCUUACAAAUCAAACAUAUAA